CCAGAAGAAGAUCCAGGCUUCUUCAAAGAGACAUGCAUGCACACAUGCACAAGAAUGUUCAGGACUACCUUGUUGAUGAUACCAAGACUGAAAACAACUGAUGUAUGUGUACACAAGAAGUAAAGAUUAACUGUGGUAUAGUUACUGAAUGCAUUUUAGAAGGCAAUGAAAAUUAAUGAACUUCAGCUACAUAUGGAUGUGGAUACAAUUGCAGUAUAUUCAAAGAACACUUUAAGAAGAACACAUCCCAUGAAAGAAAAAGCUGGUCAGAAGCACAAGCCUGCUGAUGUGUUUGAGUUUCCUGAUAACUCCGAAAUCUCAAGCAAUGGCAGUGAAAGUAAGAAAGACGAUGAACCUUACGAGACUUUUGAUCCUCCCCUACACAGCACUGCUAUAUAUGCUGAUGAAGAAGAACUCUCCCAACACUGUGGGUCAUCUGUCCCUUCAACUCCUCCAGGAAAAGCAACGAAAGAAAGCUUGAGCACUUCUGCAAGUGAAGCAAGUGAAAGCGCGUCUGUAAAACUGAGAGCCACAAAGCCAGGAAGAAGAUGUAAGCCCCUUAGCGAUGGCUCUGACAGCUCGGGAGAAAGUGAGAUACGAAGAAAAGUUCAGUCACCAGAGAGAAUCGGUGCGGGACGGUGUGACGCUGUUCCGGCCGGGGCGCCGUCGGGGCUUCCCGAGAGACGGCCGCGGUCAGAGAGGCCCGAGGCGGGAGGCGGCCGUGGCAGCGGUGCACCUGCGGACGGAGGGACCCCGGCCAUGGAAACUCAGAAAAAGGAGACUAUGUCUCGUGGCAAAAGGAAAAAAACAAGCAAUGAAGCUGGAGAUUCAGGUAUUUCUGACAGCGUGCAUAUUUGGUGUCUAGAAGGAAAAAAGAAGAGUGACCUCAUGGAGUUGGAUAUUGUUUUGUCUGCAUGUGAGAAAGCAAUCCAGGAGCAUAAAGAAAGAAUAGAAUCUAAAAUUUGUAAAGAAGCCAUCAAUAAAUUUCAUUGUAAUAUUAAAGAAGAACUCAUCAAAAUGCUUAAAGAAGCCCAGAUGUUGAAAAACCUGAAAAGGAAGAACGCUAAGGUGAUUGCAGAUAUCAAGAAGAAAAGGCAGCGUUUGGUUGAAGUCCAGGAUGAACUGCUUCGGUUAGAGCCCCAGCUGAUACAGCUACAAACAAAAUACGACGAACUUAAGGAGAGAAAGUCAUCCCUGAGGACGGCAGCAGAUUUCCUAUCUAAUUUAAAACAGCUCUAUCACGAGUACUCAGAUCUUCAAGAGAAAGAACCAGACACAAAGGAAACGUAUGAUUCGUCCAGCCUUCCAGCUCUGUUAUUUAAAGCAAGAACCUUUUUGGGAGCUGAAAAUCAUUUGCAAAAUAUCAACCACCAAUUAGAGAAUCUCCUUGACCAGGACUGAGAAGACAGCCGUACUGAAUGUGCCAACUUAGUCCCCUGCGGCCUCUGAAAACAAGUAGGGUCCAGUCCUCAGGAUUUAGUACUGAUUAAUAGUUUUAGAGGCCAUGAUCCUUUUAGGAUAAUGUCUUGAGUAAUUUAAAAAUGUUGAAACCCUAUCUGAAUCAGCCCCAAACAUGUAUGUUUUAACCUGUAAAAUUAAGACAAUGUGAACAUAGACUAAAUACUACAGUUAAUUUCCAAUAAAAUUUACUUACAUUAUUUUCCAAGUAA